GUGCGUCCUGCCCCGCUCCGCCCUGAGUCCCGCCCAGCCUUGCGUCCCAUCCCCAGUCCCGAAUUGCUCUGCCGGGUGCACUCUGAUCGGCCUCGACCCGUCUGGCACAGCGUAUGCGAUCAGCCUGAGCCCCGUGGGCGCGAUCCCUGGCCGGCCGGGCAGAUGCUGGGCGCGAUGGCCGACCUUGCCCUUGCCCCGGUAACGCGGCAGGUCAGCGGCCGCGCCGCCCCGGCCGCAGCCCCUAGCGGCCCCGAGCGCGGGCAGCCCCUGGCCGCAACAGUGGCCGAGCUGUCUGUGCUGGACGCCUCCGGGAGGCAGGUGCCGUUCGGCGCGCUGUUUCGGGAGCGCCGGGUUAUCGUGGUCUUCGUGAGGCAUUUCCUGUGCUACAUCUGCAAGGAAUACGUAGAAGAUCUGGCCAAAAUCCCCAAGAGUUUCUUACAAGAAGCAAAUGUCACCCUUAUAGUGAUUGGACAGUCAUCCUACCAUCAUAUUGAGCCUUUCUGCAAACUGACUGGGUAUUCUCAUGAAAUCUAUGUUGAUCCUGAGAGAGAAAUUUAUAAAAAAUUAGGAAUGAAAAGAGGUGAAGAAAUUGCCCCUUCAGGAAAGAGUCCCCAUAUAAAAUCAAAUGUACUCUCGGGAAGCAUUCAGAGCCUGUGGAGGGCAGUGACUGGCCCUCUUUUUGAUUUUCAAGGAGACCCUGCUCAGCAAGGUGGAACCCUCAUUUUAGGUCCAGUUAGACCAGACAGAAGAGAAGCCCUGUUUUAUGAGACUGAGUCGUAUAGAUUAUCCUCAAUGACAUUGAGCCAUAGUUUUGGAUGGCUUGUUUCCAUCGUCCAACCUGUUGUGAGCCCCUCAUCUCCAUUGUCUCAGUAUCAUGUGACCACAUGUUCAGGUAACAACAUCCAUUUUAUACACCGUGAUAGAAAUAGGUUGGAUCACAAACCCAUCAACUCUGUUUUACAGCUUGUAGGAGUUCAGCAUGUGGACUUUACAAGCAGAUCUUCAGUUAUCCAUGUGUGAUGGUGUAGACUCUUUAUCACUUUCGAAUGGACCCUUGGGAUAUGACCUGAAAUGUUCAGAUGUGGUAUCCUUGUGCAGUGUCUCACUUGUUGGCUUUUCCCAGCCUUUGAGGAGUUAUGAAAACAUAAAGAGACCACGUACUAGUUGAACUACAUACUGAGAGGCAUCAGUUGUCAAAAAUGUUAUAUAUAUUUAUAAUUCUAUAGCUUUUAAAGUUUUAUGUAAAAUAAAACUUUAAAAGCUAUAAAAUUAGAAAUACCAUUUUUUAUUUUACAUUAUGGUAUAUCCAUUCAAUGAAAGUUUUUAUUGGCCCUCAUUCUUUUUUUUUUUUUUUCAACGUUUAUUUAUUUUUGGGACAGAGAGAGACAGAGCAUGAACGGGGGAGGGGUAGAGAGAGAGGGAGACACAGAAUCAGAAACAGGCUCCAGGCUCUGAGCCAUCAGCCCAGAGCCUGACGCAGGGCUCGAACUCACAGACCGCGAGAUCAUGACCUGGCUGAAGUCGGACGCUUAACCGACUGUGCCACCCAGGCGCCCCUAUUGGCCCUAAUUCUUAUGAAGAACAUAUAAAGGGAAAGGUAAGCAACUCAGGACCAUUUUAUCCAGUGAAAAAGCAGGAUGUCAAAUCCUGUAAAUAAUGUAAUCAUAUUUUUAUGUAUAUGUUUAUAUUUUUGCAUACUUAGGAAAAAAGACAGGAUAUAAACACACCAGGUUAUUGCCAGUAGGUACCUCUAUAUGGUAGGAUUACAGUAUCUUUAUUUUCUUUUCCAUAAUUUCCUUUAUCUCCUAACUUUCUAUAAUGAGCAUGAUUCAUUUUUUUAGCCAGGAAAAGUUAUUUAAAAAUUAUAUGAAGAAUAUAUUCCUAUAUAGGAAGCUUCACAAAGUUGCAUAUAAAUGCAACUGUCUACAUGUUUCCAUCCACAUUGCUUUACUUAGAGGAAAUAUUGCAAACCAAACCUGCAUAGCCUGUGUUCAAAGCACCUUGUACCACACACACAGUAUCCAUUUCACUAGGAUUUGGCACGCGUGGGGGGGGGGGGGAAGAGUAAAAGGAGAAAAACAAUGUUUUAUAUAUUUAAUAUAUGUAUUUAAAAUAUGGUUCAAUAUGCUUUUUGAAAGAAUUUUAAGAAUUGUUUAAACUAAAAACUUUGUAACUUAAAUGUACACUGGUUUGCUUGCCAAAUUGCAUUUAUUUAGUGUACUGUUAUCUUUUAUUUUUCUAGAAUGUUAAUAGGUUUACUUGGGAAGUGUCCCAGAAAUUCUGAUGAAAAAAGUACAGCAAGAUCAAAAUCUUGGUAAUUAGUAGCAAAUAUACACUGCUUUGAACUUAUAAACUUUUAUAUCAAGCAUAUGAGGUCACACACACAAAAUAUAUUUUAAAUAUCCAAAUACUUUAAUGUACAUUCAUGUAUAUAUACAUUAAACAAUCAUGUUUUUAACCAAUAAAAACAAAAUUCCUCAUGACAUUUAAAAUUAAGCAAUUUUGUGCUAUUUUUUAUAGUAAGGGAAGACUGGUGACCCAGAUCCCUUUGCUGAUUUUACACUUAAAACUGCUGAAUCAGAGCUUACACAAAAAUUUAUAUAUUUAUAAACUUACACCACAUUUUUCUAAGAUACACAAAUGUUCUUUAUGUGGCUUCAGGGAGGUUCAGUUACAUAAAUACAGUGCAGUGGUAAAUUGCUGACCCAAACAAACAUAUUUAAAACAAAAAAUAUUUCUGGUAGUUACUGUGAAAUAUGUAAACAUGCUGCAUACCCAAUAAUAUACUAGACUCCAAAUUUUGAAAACCUUCCUAUAAUAAAUACAUAGAAAUUACUGUUAAAAGAAUACCAUCUAGCCCUGUUAUGGUGCUAAUUAUUUGCCAAGUAGUGUUCCAAGUGCUUUACAUAGUGCUCUAUAGAAUUGACAUCCCCAUCAUGCCCAUUUCACAGAGAAGAAACAUCUUUUUUCUUUUUUUUUAAAUUACCUUUU